AUGAAUAAAAAAUAUCAGAUUUCUAAAAUUUGUCAAUGUAUAAUCACAUUUCUAUCAUUAAAUAAUCAGAUUUAAAAAUCUUAAAAAUUAACAGAAAAAUUUUUACAAAAUGAAUUUAAACUUUAAAGUGUAAUUAACCCAGAACUACUUACUUAUAAUUAGAAUUCAGCUAUUUAUAUUAUAAAUAAUAUCAAAGUUAAAUCUGAAAGAAAUGAAUUAUUAUUUUAUCUUAAAAAACAGAUUAAUAAAGAUGGUGUUGAAAAAGAAUAAUAUUUCUAUUAUAAAAUAGAAUAUGAUUUAAAUUUUAAUCCUGAAUAUCAAAUGUAUAAAGGUGAAAUGAAUAAUUAAUAGCCACAUGGAUAUUGUAUAAAAUAUUCUAGUAAAUCAAAAGAAAUAUAAUAUGAUGGAAAAUGGUAUUUUGGUUAAAAAAUUGAACAAGAAAAUAUUGAUAAAUAAUAUGUUUAAAAUACAAAUUUAUCAAAAAAAAUAAUAAUUUAAGAAAAUGGAGUAAUAAUACGUAGCACAUAAAUAAAAAAAUAAAAUCAUUCAAUAACAAGUUGGAUAAAGUUUAAUUAGUAAAUUUCACCAAAAGACUUGCAGAUUUUAGAAAAUAAAAAUACAUAUUUUACAUGUAGUAUAAUUGAUUCUUAUGCAUUAUAUUUAACAAUGAAAAAUGAAGAAGAAUUUUUUAAUAGCAAUUUAAAAAAUAAAUUUAAGAGAUAAUUGUUUUUACCUAGUUAUUUGUUUACGAAUAUGUGGCAAAAUGAGGCUUAAUUCAAUAAGCAGAUAUUUUAAAAUUAUUUUCUUGAAUUUUAAUAUGUAGAUUAUUAAAUUAUUGGUAUUUAUCAAUAAAUAUAUUUUGCAAUAAAUCAAUAAUUUCAUUGGUAUUUGGUUAAAAUAAAGAAGAAAUAUAAUAGUAUGAAUCUCACUUAUAAAGUAGAGAUUUUUGACUCAAUUAAGCAUCAUUAUACUUAUUAUUAAAGAAUGAUUUAAAUCUUAUAUAAUUUAUUUAACAUUUAGGAAGAUUAACAGAAAGAAAAUAUUGAAUUUAACUAUAGAUAUAUAUAAAAUAAUUAAUAUGAUUGUGGACCUUAUGCUUGUUUAAAUAUGAAACUAGAAUUCUUCCCAAAGAUUUCAAAAUCAAAGUUAUAAGAUGAUUAUUUAAUUGUUGAUUAAAUGAAAAAAGAAUUAUUUUAUUUAUUGUAAAAUAAAUGA